CCUUCCUUCGCCGAACUUAAUGUUCUUCGUGGGACUUUCAUCGCCAACUGUAUCUUCAACGGGUUUUUAACCCAUACCGCCAUCAUGUUGAAUAUUGUGACUAUCUACGCGAUUUGGAAAACUUCAACGAUACCAAAACCUGUAAAAACUUUACUGCUGAGUCUUGCUUUCUCUGAUUUUGGUGUUGGUUUGUUGGCUCAACCCAUUUACACUGCAUUUCUGGUCAGCUGGCUACAACUGAACGAUCCCAGCUGUAACGUUUACCGACUGUUCUCUAUUUGCGGUUAUUUGUUCUCGAUGGCUUCGUUCUCAGCUGUUGUGGCUGUAAGUGUAGACAGGUUCUUAGCUGUUCACCUUCAUCUCAGAUACCAUGAAUUUGUGACUCACAAGCGUGUUGUCGCUGUGGUGAUCUCCAUAUGGCUGUUUAGUGCAUUUGUUUCUUCGAUGGUAUUAUGGGCUUCGGUCAGUACUUUAAAUAAUAUGAUUUCAUUUACUGGUGCUUUUUGUUUUAUUGUAAAUGCUGUGAUGUACAUCAGGAUUUAUUUAAUUGUCCGACAGCACAAGAAUCAGAUUCAAUCCUUGCAAGUAAAUGAAAGAUCUCAAUCUGGUGAGAUGACAAAUUUUGCAAGCCUCAUUAAAUCUACCGUUGGUGUGUUCUAUGUGUAUCUCGUGUUUCUAAUUUGCUAUCUGCCUUAUGUUAUUUCCGUGGUUGCCAUCAAAAUCAACGGUCCGAGUAUCGCUCUCAAGAAAGUUUUUCUCUUCUCAAUGAUUUUCGUGAAUCUUAAUUCAUCUCUGAACCCUGUACUUUACUGCUGGAAGAUGAGAAACAUUCGACACGCUUUCCUGUACAUAUUGCGGAACAUGUCGUGGAACAGAAACAAUCCUUCACACUAGAUUUACAGUCUUAAGGGGUCUUUCUGCUAAUCGUUGUCAAUAACGUUCGGACUGAGUGGCAGGUCUCACUGUCAAAGAAUUCUCAGUACCGUAAUGGAACAUCGACAUUCGUGGAAGACGCAGUUUAAUUGAAACUUUAAAACUGAGUGCUUAAAGACUAUGGGAGGGAAAAAUAGAUCAAUUGGAGCUUUCAAAAGCGAUUGUUUUUAUUGAUUCUCCAAAUCUAACGCUGUGUGCGUUUCAGUGUAAACAGAUUUGGCUUUUUGUUUAAUGCUUUGAUACAGUAAGGUUAAGACAUUGUGUAAAGGCAAAAUGGUCGAUAAGGAAUAUGACACGGACAUUUUAACACUAAAACAUGUAAAAUUAGCAUGGUUGGUUGAGUGAAUAUAUCUGGGUUGCAUUGAAAUGCACCUGUUUUUCCUUUUAUUAAAACCCGUUAUCGUGGUAUGUAUCAAAACGUUCAACGGGUGGUAGGUCAGAUUCAGUCCUUGGAAGUUAAUGAAGUUACACAGUGUUGUGAAAUGACAAGUUUUACAUGAGUUAUUCUUAUCUCAAUGUUUAUAAUUUAGGGAUCUCUCAAGUUUUUCGAAGUAAAUUGGUUUUACCAUAUUAACUACGGUGUCAAACAAGGAUUUCCAGCCCUGAAAAAAACGGAACAACACACGUGAAAUUAUCGUAUUUUUUCACGUGUGUUUGAUAUCGCCAAUCAGCUUCUGACACUUUACUCGCCUUUCGCGCCAGUAGGUCAGGUUGAUGAAUGAACGGCGAAGCCUUCACCAUUCUCAAUCCAAAAUCGUUUUUAGGAAACUCUUCGGAUUAUGGCUGCUAAAACACUGAAAAAUCAGUAUCGCUUACAGAUAGUGACGUUCAAACUUUCCCGGAAGGGGAAGAAAACCCAAACACGGAAAGAAAAACCGAAAGCUACGUAUUCAAUGGCGUUUCUCUCGGCUGAGAACAAAAAUUGACAACUGGAAGACUUGCCACAGGUCGAUUUUGGCCGUUUACCUGAAAUAUUUCGUCCAUUGUUUGUUUUUGUAGUGUUUCGGCGCAGUUUUUCAUCUUGAGCCCUAGCGCCAACGCUCUUUACGAUUUUUAAUCGGGAAUUGUCGAUCCUUUUAUUUUCGUUCCUUAAUCAAAUUGACUUUUUGGUCAGUAAAGGGCUAUUGAGUACAUAUAUAUAUGAUAAACCAAAUAAUACAUGGUUGCUUGUUGAUAUGAAAUUACUGUUCUCGCGAGCUAUCGAGUUCAACACUCGAAGAGAAAUUCCAUAUCUACGCGCGCCCAUGUGUUAUUCUCUAGUUAUCAACUAAUUGAUGAUGUGAACUGGCCACUGUAAAGAGAUAUAUUGUGAAGCUAACGUUUCAAGCGUUAGCCCUUGUCAGGGCCCCGUUUCGCUUUUGAUUUUGGGAUGAAACAAUAUAUCGAGGAAUCCCACGAAGAAUUCUGAAAGAACUCAUCAGAUAUAGGCAGAAAGGAGAAAGUUAGUAGAACACUUUAAUUCUGAUACAGUUUUGGUGCUGUAAACUUACGGUUUGAAUUACAUCUGAAAACAAAACAAAAGGUUUUAUGGAUUUCGUUUCUAUUACUAAUGAACUCCAUCGACAUACCAUUAUAAAAAAAGAAAAUCAAAACUAAUAUUAAUGGCGAUCCUCGCAGUUAUGAACACUAGACCUGAAAAAAGUUCAGGCCUGCACGGGAUUUGAACCCAUGACCUCUGCGAUACCGGUGCAGUACAGGAUUUGAACCCAUGACCUCUGCAAUACUGGUGCAGUACGCGAUUUGAAUCCAUGACCUCUGCGAUACUGAGACCCCUGCAGCGGUAUCGCAGAGUUCAUGGUUUCAAAUCCCGUACGGGUCAAUACUGUUUAUAACUGCGAGGAUCGCUAUAUUCGUUUCUUCAACCGCACUAAGUGUAAUAUCUUCGAAUAGAAUUUAAUCAGAAGAACUGUGUCGAGCACACGAUACUACAAAAGCAUGUGCUCCUACAAGGUCACGUGAUAUAUAAAAAUGAUUACGUCAUUACAUCGCUUUCUUCCUUAGAAAUAUAAACAAAGAGUAAAACUAUAAACGGUUACAAAGAAAAUCGUUCAUAGAGUUCUUGAUACAAAAUAAACAAACAUUAUGUCCAUGUGAAUAAUUCUUGAAGUGUUCAAUGUCUCUAUAAGUUCAAUCUGUCAGGUGGUUUGCGAAUCCUCUGCGGAUAACGCCUUGGUGAACCUUCCUGGAAAUCAGUACUUCCUGAUUUGACUGCUGUGUCCAUCUCAACUGAAGCGGGAGUGGUGUUUUUCUCCUAAUUAGCCUUCGUAUCACUGAGCUGAUCAUCAGUAGGGUGGUACUGCUUGACUUCAGUUGUGUUUCGGUGCAAAACCCUCACGGGAUUGUCGCUAUCAGACACAACAACCUGAUUUCCUUUCUUCUCUUUCACUUUGUACAGCUGAGGUUCAAAUGUGGUGGACAGUUUGUUCUUCUUAUCCUGUUUCAUGAGCACAAGGUCACCUUGUUUCACCUCACUCUUCUUAGCAUUUCUUGAAGCAUCUGCAUACUGUUUGCUCUUAAAUUUCAUCAGUUGAUCUCUGUCUCUGGUUUCCUCAUCACCGUGGGUUGGUUGUGAUAUUCAGGUAACUUUGUUCUUGGAUGUCGGCCCAUCAGAAGAAAUUCUGGUGUCUGUCCAGUUGUCUGGUGAGGAGUUGUUCUGUAAACAGCCAUAUACCUGACCAGUUCUCUUCUCCAGUCCUUUCCUUCUGCAUGUGCCAACUGUAAUCUUUUGAGUAUGGAUCUAUUCUGUCUCUCUACCUCGCCAUUUGCUUGAGCCCACCGAGUUGUUACACGUCGAUGCUUAAUACCAUUUUCCUUUAGGAACGCUUCGAAUUUCUCUGAGACAAGGUUUGGCCCAUUGUCACUUACAAGCACUUCAGGCAGUCCAUGUCUGGCAAAUAUGGUUUCUAAACACUCUAUGGUCUUCUCUGAUGUAAUUGUCCUUACAACAGACACCUCCUAAUAUCUGCUAUAGUAGUCAACAACUACAAGUAUGUGUUCACCUGAGGGUAACGGUCCCAGGUAAUCAAUUGCGACAGCACACCAGGGUCCUUGAGGUAGUUCUGUACUUACCACAUGCUCUGGAGUGUCAGGUCUGCCCACUAACUGACAUCGUGUAAAAAGAGAAAAGUAGAAAGACUGAAUACAUUUAUUCGUAGUUCCGAUCCCCUCAAGGUUUUACCAAGCUUUGCCUUGCGCAAGGAAGAAAGGUAUUAGAAAUAAACUCGUUCUAGGCCCUUAUGGCGCGUAGUUAAAAAAAAUAUAUGUUGAGAAGGGUGGAAAGACGAUAACUCGACUUACCGGCACCAAAACUAGAAAAAACCCGAAAUAGAUUCGAACACUUGAAAACGUCGCACACUUUAAACUUUAGGAAGACAAGUUUUCUUAAAACAACCGUAAGGGGAAUAAUUCAAAUUCAGUUUAUUAUUUAGUCGUUCAACUAACAACGUUUGCUAUUUAACCUAUCAUGUACGGGUUUGAUGCAACGAAAGAUCAAAGAUGAAAGCGUCUCUUUCCAAACAGACUGAAUACAUCAUUCUUAAUUCCGAUCUGUUUAGGCUUUUACCGUGCACUUCCCCACGCAAGGGAGAAAGGCAUCUGAAAGAAAAGCGAUCUAGGAAAUGGAAUUUUAAGUGAUAAGUCGCACACUUCAAAUGAGUAAUUAUUGGCCGGACGUAAAAUACAUUUUAUUGGAGUGGGAUUGGCCUGGAGGAUUUGAAUAUACCUGAUUACUUUCUUGAUCAGUUGUGCCAUUGUAUAGCGCUGGAUACAAUUAUCUUUUGAGCAAUGAUUCAUGAAACAAAAAUUUCAUCAAAUUAAGCUCGAAAAACUUUAAUGGAGUUCCCUAACCUCUUUUUUUUCCGUGAUAUGUCGUUUUUUUACGCUCAUCCUUGACUAUGUUUUUCGAAAAAACUUCUAGGGAGAGAAUGUAAAUUUGACCUAUCGUUUUGAAUCCGACACUUUCCUUUCCUUAUUUUUUUUUUUUUUCGUGCAGUGAUCCGCCAGGUAAAAUCAAUUUUGGUCAUUUGAAAAUAUAGUUUUCACAUUGACAAUAAAAGCAGAUGUUUCAGGAUCCUCAUAAAUUAUGCGAAUGAAUAUCAGUCCGGAAUUAAUUUUAAGUUUUGGCGUAGAACUUCACAGCUUUGUGUUAAGUGAAAGAAUUAUUCAAGCAAGAAAGGAGAGUAAUCCACAGAACUGAAAAAAGAAGAAAUUUUGUUUUACCAAGGCUCUCUUCUCCUAAUCAAGAUACGCGAGUUAAUAUCAUGAACGUGUAUUGCGACGAGCCUUUUCAAUUUUUCCCUACCAACGCCGACUACCAGGAGCUUCGAGGGACUUUUAUCACUAACUGUAUCUGCAACGGUUUUUUAACUUAUACCGCCAUAAUGUUAAAUAUUGUGACAAUCUGCGCAAUACGGAAGACUUCAACGUUACCAAAAAAUUUAAAAACUUUACUGGUGAGCCUUGCUAUUUCUGACGUUGGUGUUGGUUUGGUUGGUCAACCAACUUACCUAUCACUUCAUGUUAGCUGGUUAAAACUGAACGAUCCAAGUUGUAACGCUAACCGAUUGCUGACCAUCUCUGGCAACUUAUUUUCACUUGCCUCGUUCCUGGGUGUCGUGGCUGUAAGUGUAGAAAGGUUCUUAGCUCUUCGUCUUCAUCUCAGAUAUCAGGAACUUGUGAGUCAAAAACGUGUUGGUACUUUGGUAAUAUCAAUAUGGGCAUUUAGUUUAUUUGUUUCUUUGAUGGUAUUUUGGAGUUCGGUCCAUAUUAUGUCAAUAAUUAUUUCAGUUGCGGCAUCUUUCAGUUUCAUUGUGAGUGUUGUGUUAUACCUCAGGAUUUAUUUAACUGUCAGGCGGCACAAGCGUCAGAUCCAGUCUUUGCAAGUACAAGACAUAAGUCAGUCUGGCGAAAUAACAAAUUUUUCACGUCUCGUUAAAUCUGCAGUUGGUAUAUUCUACGUUUAUCUCGUUUUUUUAUUUUGCUAUUCGCCUUGCUUUAUUUCCGUGGUUCUCAUUAAACUAUUUGGAUCGAGUGUCGCCUUGAAGAGAUUUUUUCUUUUCUCAGUGACUCUUGUAUAUCUCAAUUCCUCUCUUAACCCUUUAAUCUACUGCUGGAAGAUGAGACACAUUCGGCGCGCUAUCGUGGACAUGCUGCGGAAUACGAAUUGGAAUACAAACCGUUCUUCGCAGUAAUUUUACUGUUUGUUUGGUAAUAUUCCUCUGGAUGACUAUAUAUUGUCAUUGACAAACGAUUCGUAGUCUCAAAGAGCACAGAUACAAGGGAAAGGUGCGAGUUUAAUGGAGACUUUUUUACUGAAUACCUAAAGAUUGUUGAAGGAAAAUAAACCAGUGAAGGUAUUAGCAGCUAUUAUUUUUAUUUAUUUAUUCUCUAAUCGGUCAGGCUGUAUGUAUAUUUAUGUCAUACCUACAAUAUAAAUAAAUAUUUUAUGUUAUGAUACAUUAAAUAAAGAACUUGUGAACUUGCUUCUUGAUUAAAUAUUAGUUUAGGAACACAAUAGUGGCAACUGAAAAGUGAAAUAUGUGAUACAAGCUGAAUUUUUGAUGAACAAGUAUCUCAAUACCAAAAGAUAAGUUUGAAAUGCUUCUCUCGCUCUUCUGAUAAGAUUCUCACUGUUUUGAUAAAUCUAAAGAUUCAGUCUUAGAGAGUACAGGAAGUUGCACAAUCUGGUGAAAAGACAAAUUUUACUUGUUCCGCUAAAUUUGCAGUUGGUAUAGUCUAUAUAUGUAUUGUAUUUUUACUAUUUAUUUGCUUGGAAUUUUUGCUGCCAUCUGAAUCAAAAGCGAGCACUAUUUCGAGAGAGGUUUCAUAAUUUCUCAGGAGCUCCCGCAUUUCUUAAUUCACCUCUAAACCUCGUUGAUUACUGCUUUCACUGCUUGAGGGUGCGAUAAAAUAAUUUUUCGAAAAGCUCUCAUGAACAUUCGAUGCCAAGUGUCAUAUGUCAGUAUCGGUUAGUUUCCAGAGGAGUUAAUGAAGAGAAGCACGUAAAGUAAUAUUAUUAAUUGAAAAACACUAUAAAACGACAUGUUUCACAGUUUUACUUUCUCGACGUGCGGAAACGUUUUAAAAUACACAAAAGGGAAUCCAAGAUUGUCUCCAUUUCGUCGUGAACUUCAGCUGAAUUUAAGCCAUGGAUCAGUUGGUCAUUAUUUAAUCCCUUAAAAUUACCUUUUACGGGUAGGAAAAAAAAGUAUUUAUUCGAGUGAGGCUCGCAAGGAGAACUCAAAUAACUUCCGUUGCUAAUUGUUGUUAACUUCAAAGUAAGAUCACAAGUUUUUCAAAGUUGGCAUUCACUUGGAGGCGUUUAAUUUUGAAAAGGAAACGUAACAUAUUAAUCAUUCGCUCUGGUGAAGGGCUAAUGCUCGAAACGUCAGCUUCAGAAACUCUUUACGCUGGCCAAUUUACAUUAUCAACUCAGUUAGUAAAACAAAAUUAUUUUGAUAUACUCCCCUGCUGACGCAGCAUCACAAUUUUUAUAGAAACUUACCCCAUUUAACACAUUAGUUCAGUUUUCUUAAACCGUGAAUUAUUGAAUUAUUAUGAUCGGAUGCAGUACCUAGCAAGGUAGCUUUCAUAACCGCCACGUUGGUAAACCACUUUUGAGAUAUAUUUGACCAUCACAGAACUGCGUCAAUGACAUGUCAGUGGUAUCUAAUUAAGUUGCUUCAUUUCAACGCCAGCACUUAGUGCGCAGGAGACAAACAGCUUCCGCUUGAAUGACAGGUUACUCUUUCACCCGUCAAUGGCGAUUGCAUUUCAGAUACUUGACAAACAGACAAGUAAUGAGUUUGAAUCAUGAACAUGAUAUACUAGCUCGUUCGGCCUCGACAUAACUCUAAAUUCGUAGAACUGGCCGGGCAAGAAAGAGAUGCAUGUUGUUAUUUGGGAGAACAACGUCGGAUUUAAAAGGGUUAAUGUUUGUAAGACUUUUCUAUCGCCGUAUUUUUGGUUUAGAGAGUUACUUAGUACAUCGUUGAUUCACUGGUAUAUGGUAUAUAGGGCUUCUAAUUAAAUAAUGAGAUAGGCGCGAACGGAGAAAAAAGGUGGUAAUGGUAGAAACGACUAACCCAUUUCAACGGUAUCAAAGCUAUAGCGGAUUCAAAACGAUCGAAAAACUCGCAUGUGUCGCUAACUCUUGGAGAAAAGCUUUGUGAAAACAACUUCUCUAUAUGUAAACACGGACAUCAACUGGUCUAACUCGGUAUAGUCAAAAAGUCUGGGGGUGGUUUUGGAUUGGGUUAAUGUAACUUGCUUAGUCAAAUUUCAGAAGGAUGAAAAGAUCCGGAUUUAAAACUGUUAGAAGUAAAAAUUUGGUGUCAAAAACUAAACAUUAAAAGCUUAUUUUGACACAUGAAAUGACAUCUGAUAUACGAACUUUAAGGCAAGCUGAUUUUUCAAUAUCUUUUAUCAAAAAAUUUUUAUUUGAAUACUUAAUUAGUCAUCCCUAAGAAGAAAGUUCUCGUUCCCGGCACUGGGUGCCUGAUUUAAGUUCUACAUCUUUUAGGUUAUAACUGGUAACUUGUAUCAUGAAAAUUGGACGUACACAAGUUUCAUUUUUUACAACUUGUAAAUGCUAACCAGCUGUUAUCUUGUCAUUUAUUCUUCUGAUAAUAUCGAGUACCUGUCCAUAAAAUUUCCAUCAUUCACGAUCAAUUUCGAUUAUCUCGAGCUGGAAAGGUUCGAUUUGAUUGCAACCUUUUUAGUUGUAUACUUUUGUGUGUCCGAUGUACUAAAAGUAAAACAGCAUUUACAUGUCACAGUAGGUAUUAGUUAACACUAAAAGGCAGCCGACUCUCGGAGUAUAUGAACCUGUCAUUUACAAUUACAAGGCUGCUAGAAAAAGAAAAUAUUUCAGUAUCAUCACAUGCAAAUGAACCCCGGAAACUUUUCGGUUUCGGUGAAGAACUUCGUUUGUUUUUCUGAUGAUCAUCACACUCAAGUUUUCUAUUUUAAUUGCAAAUUUGAACGAAAGAAAGAUCCACGUCAGAAAGGAGAUUGGCCACAGACAUUGACUCAAGGAGAGAUCACCUUAAACAAAGAAUCGAAGAUCUUUUUGGUAAAAUCGUUUCAAGGUACAGUACGCAGGGCAACAUAAUGAACGGAUUAUUUUGUAAAGAUUCGCAGUUUUUUCCCACCAGCGCCGAGUUAAAAGAUCUUAGUUCGACUUUCAUCACAAACUCUAUCUUCAACGGUUUUUUAACUUAUACCGCCAUUAUGUUGAAUGUUGUCACAAUCUGCGCAAUACAGAAAACUUCGACCCUACUAAAGACUUUAAAAACGCUACUGACAAGUCUUGCCUUUUCUGAUUUUGGUGUUGGUUUGGUUGUUCAACCGACUUACUCUUCAUUUCUUGUCAGCUGGUCAAAAUUGAACGAUCCAAGCUGUAACGCUUACCGAUGGCUAACGAUCUGUGGGUACUUAUUUUCGCUCGCUUCGUUCUUGGGUGUGGUGGCUGUAAGUGUAGACAGGUUCUUAGCUGUUCACCUCCAUCUCAGGUACCAGGAACUUGUGACUCACCAGCGUAUUGUUGCAGUGAUGAUCUCAAUAUGGGUGUUUAGUGCAUUUGUUUCUUUGAUGGUAUUUUGGGCUUCUGUCAGUAUUCAUAAUAUUGUUAUCUCAAUCUCUGGCGGUUUUGGUUUCAUUGUCACUAUUGUGGUGUAUACCAGGAUAUAUUUAACUGUUAGACGGCACAAGAAUCAGAUCCACUCCUUUCAAGUACAACAAGUAAAUCGGUCUGAAGAAACAACAAGUUAUGCUGGCCUCAUUAAAUCUACAGUUGGUGUAUUUUACAUAUAUCUAGUGUUUUUAGCCUGCUAUUUACCGUACGUUAUUUGUGUCGUUAGUGUUAGAAUAAACAGCGCAAAUAUCGCUCUAAAAAAGUUCACUCUGUUUUCCUUGACUCUCAUAUUUCUGAAUUCAUCUCUGAACCCUGUGAUUUACUGUUGGAAGAUGAGACACAUUCGACACGCCGUAAUAGGAAUACUAUUGAGUAGAAAUCGUGCUUCACACUAACUCUUUGGUGAAUUCAUCAUCAUUGCUGAUAAGUAAAGCAUUGUGUUUAACUUUACGUGACAAGGCUCGUUAAUACACUUCUCUCCCGCUCAAAGGGCUUUGGAUGGCGACAGAGCUAAACCAGACUGUCAUGGUACCACGCUAGUAUCAGCGUCGCCAAUAGAAAACAUCGCAAAUUGGAACGCCGCUGGCGAGCGUCGAGAUUGUGCGUCGACAUGUUUGUCGAUCAAUGCCAGGUUGUGAACCAAAUACUUAGGGACGCGAAGUCUUCCUAUUAUUUAUCUAUUACCUCAGAGAAUGCAUCAGAUCCAAAAAUACUUUUCAACACGGUUGACAAGCUGUUACAUUGCAAAGAAGGGAGACGCUAUCCGGCCGCGCCCUCAAAGAUGGAGCUUGCGUACAAUUUUGCCGCCUUUUUAUUGCAACUAUAAUAACGAAAUUAUCGACAUGCAGCACUCACUCCAGCGAAGCACAUAGAGAGCCGUACCAUGUUGGUUUUGCAGAGUUCAGAGUUAUGUCAGAAAAAGAAAUCGCAACUUUUGUGGACACAAUCGGUAUAAAAUUGUUGUGAUCUUGAUCCUAUACCGGCGUCCAUUCUAAAUAAAUACAAAUCAGUUCUCCUAUCUUUCCUAAUUAACAUGGUAAAUAUGUCGCUCCAAUCAUCUUGCACUGAAGCAAGUAACGAUCAAACCGAAGCUCAAGAAGGACAACUUGGACUUCGAAGAUUAUUCUAAUUUCAGACCCAAAGAUAAUCGAAAAGGUAGUGUCUUGUCAAUUGAAUGAUUACUUACGUGAUAAUGACUCAGAGGAAUCUCCCCAGUCGGCGUACAAACGCUCUCACAGCACGGAGACCGCACUUUUGAAAGUGCAAAAUGACAUUCUCUGUUAAAUGGAUAAUCAGAAAUGCGUUGCCCUAUUGCUGUUGGACAUGUCUACGGCGUUUGACACUGUCGAUCAUGAGUUGCUACCGGAGAGACAGUCAAGACGCUGCGGUGUGGAAGGAAAUGUGCUGAAAUGGUUCCGAUCCUACCUCCAGCAGCAAGAUAAGAGAGUGUUUAUCUCUAGCAGACACCGAAAAGUUAGUUCACGCUUUAGAUAAUGCAAAUUCGUUAAUGUAUGGACUACCUAAAAUUUCUGAUAGAUCGCCUACACAAUAUUAAGAAUACUGCGGCCCGCGUUAUUACUCUUACUAAGAAGCAUGAUCACAUCGAGACUGUCCUAAAGCAGCCACAUUGGCAUCCAGUUAACCAGCGAAUUAAUUACAAGAUAUUACUACAAACUUAAAAAGUGCUCAACGGCCAGGCUCCGAACUGCAUUACUGAACUGCUCGAGCCCCGUGUACCAACCAGGAAUUUGAGAUCCUCUUCCAAGAACUUACUUAAAAUACCAUCUGUCAAGCUUGUAAGUUAUGACAAUAAGUGCUUCAUUUUUGCGGUACCCAGCGUAUGGAACUCUCUUCCCAACAAUAUCGAACUGAGCAGCUCAUCAAAUUUUAAGACCCUUCUAAGGACAAACCUUUUUAAUCAAUUUUACAAUUAGUUCAGCAUUGGUUUUUUAAAGUUAAACUCUCCUACUGCUGUUAUUGUGUUUUUAUUUCUCUUCUCUCUGGGGAGACAUUUGUGCCAAAAAUAUCAAUCUCUAGUGAUAAAACUCAAUCGUUAAUGCUAAAUAUCAAUCUCUAGUGAUAAACUCAAUCGUUGGUGCUAAAAUAUCAAUCGCCAGCGAUAAAACUCAAUCGUCAGUGCGAAGAUAUAAAUUGCUAGUGACAAAACUCAGUCGUUAGUGCUAAAAUAUCAAUCGCUCGUGAUAAAUUUCAAUCGUAAGUGUUAAACUAUCAAUCGCUUGCGAUAAAACUCAAUCGUUAGUGCUAGUAUCGAUUUUUUAUCGAUUCUAACUUGAACCAGUCUCCCGCCUGUUAAGCAGAGAUGAACCAAUCAAAUCUUGCUUACUUUCUUGAAAUCUGAUGAGGGACAUUAAAAUGAGAAUAAAGGUAAAGACAGACCGGCACGGACUCCCCUCGUGGCUUUUGUGGUCACAUCGCACUAUCGCCUUCAAAUUAUAUUUUUGCUCUCACAAGCGUGUCGUGGGUUUCCCUUUUGUGUUUACCUUUAUUCUCAAAAAAAAGUCAUCCACUGUUUUUUGUCUGAAUUGCCUAAAAGCCUUUGGUUUGUUAUUAACGAGCUCUUUUUCAUCAAGUAAAUUCUAUUUCUGUAAUGAGCCCCUGUUUUAAGUAAGCCCUCGGCCCCUCCUUCGUGAGGCCCUUGAAAUUGAUAAGCCUCGGAAGGGCUUACAUGUAUUAAAGGUUGUAAUCAAACAAAGCACAACUCCCUGCUGAUAGUUAUGCCAUAAACCAAAACAGGAAGUUUUUGAAUUUUUUUUUUUAAUAAUUUUUAUCAUUACAUGUGGAGGCGAGAAAUGCUUAGGCUGGUUAAACUUUCUAUUCGAAUUCCAAAUGGUUGAGAAGUGAUAUCAAAUCGUUUCAAAAAAACAAACCGCAUAUUAAAAUUGUUUAAACCUCUUUUUAGCAGAAAUGAAAUUUGACUUUCAAGCAUAAUGAUUUUAGCGAUUUUUCGUUUUUAAAAUUCAGUUUCACUUCAACAGAUGCAAAGCUCUUGUUCACCUGAAUACUUGACGGAAGUUCUUUUAUAUAUAUAUGACUGAUUACGAAUGGCACCCCUUACCACGAAAUGUUGAUGCCUGCAAUUCUGGUUUCCACAGUAUUAAACGACUUAAAGCACUUGAAUGAGAGAUACCUUCCCCUCAAUUUUUUAUCAGUCAUGAUCAGUUUAUGAAGACGCAUCACGUCGAUAAGGUACUCGGGUGGACUAAACAAAUGAUGAACUCUUCUUUUUACCUUAUACGUACACCCUAAUAACUGUAUUCAUAUUCACCAUAAUGUUCUUUAUACAUUUCCUGUGGUAUUGAAAAGAAGAAUUUAUUUAAAAAAUUAGGAGCUUCUUGAAUAGGUGGUCAUUUCCUGUAUUCCGGCGGAACAUUUAUGCUUGAGUCAGUAACGAUAGGAUAUGGAGAAAUUAGAUGCUAGUCGCUGUUAGGAGCUGAAGGGAAAAUAAAGGUGAAGAAAAAGUAAAUUUCUUAAAAGGGGAAAAAGUAGAUAAAUAACUGAACAAUAAAUACCAACAAAAAUAAGAAGAGGAAAUAAAUGCAAAGAUACGAAAAAAAAAAUAACCACAUGCUGCGAGAAAUAUUGCAAACACGAAGCAUUCGAACGGAAAGAGUUAUGGCACAGAACCAUAUAUAAAACACACACUGCUAUGGCAGGUAAGAAACAUGGAAAAUAUAGGGUAGCGUAAUUUGCGAAAAGUGCGAAAGUAAUUGCACGAGUGAAAAAAAAAACGAAAAGAAUGCGUGUAUAUUAAGUGGUGCUAGGUUCAUUAGAAGUGUGAAAGAAAAUAAACAACUUUAAAUUCGACAGUUUCUAUUAUUCCGAACUAGAAUAACCAUUGUUUCUAGUUAAUUGUCAGAAAGUGCAGAUGGUUUAGCUUUAUAACAAACUACGCGAAUCAAACUCGAACACUUUCGAGUUACGGUCGAGAACCUUACAACUCUGCUUUGCCGGACACUCGUCGCCUUGUUCGAGAGUGAUUCCCAGGCAUGAGUUGAGAAGGAAUUUUGUUAGACUGAAGCUGCCCUCUAUCAAUCAAGAUUCACGAGUUAACAUCAUGAUCGAAUCGUAUUGCAACGAGCCCUUUCGGUUUCUUCCCUCCAACGCCGACUAUGAGGAUCUUCGUGAAACUUUCAUCGUCAACUGUAUUUUAAACGGUUUUUUAACUUGUACCGCCAUCAUGUUGAAUGUUGUCACAAUCUGUGCGAUAAGGAAAACUUUGACUUUACCAAAAACUUUGAAAACGUUACUGACAAGUCUUGCCAUUUCUGACUUUAGUAUCGGUUUGCUGGGUCACCCAACUUACAUCUCAUUUCUUGGCAGUUGGUUUGAACGGAGCGAUCCGAGCUGUAACGCUUACCGAUGGCUGUCGAUGAGCGGGUAUUUAUUUUCGCUGGCUUCAUUCCUGGGUGUUUUGGCUGUAAGUGUAGACAGAUUCUUAGCUCUUCAUCUUCAUCUCAGAUACCAGGAACUUGUGACUUACAAGCGUGUUGUUACUGUGGUAAUAUCAAUUUGGGUAUUAAGUGCGUUCGUUUCCUUGAUGAUAUUGUGGGCCUCUCUCAACACCAUUAGUCUAAUUAUUUCAGUUACUGGAAUUUGUGGUUUCAUUGUCACUAUUGUGGUGUAUAUCAGGAUUUAUUUGAUUGUCAGACGGCACAAGAAUCAGAUUCAGUCCUUGCAAGGGUUUGAAAUAUCUCAGUCUUUCGAAAGAACAAAGUUUACCUGUAUCUUGAAAUCUACAGUUGGUGUAUUCUAUGUGUAUCUCGUGUUUUUAGCUUCUUAUUUACCUUAUGCUGUUUGCUUGAUUUUAAUGGGGAUUAACGGCUCGAAUAUUGCCCUAAAAAAAGUUGCUCUCUUUUCAAUGACUCUCAUAUUUCUGAAUUCAUCUCUGAACCCUGUAAUUUACUGCUGGAAGAUGAGACACAUUCGACACGCCAUAGUAGAUAUGCUGAGGAACAUGUCGUGGGCCAGAAUCCGUGCCUCACAUUAA